GCCUGCUGUGAGGGGUCCGUGUCCCUGUGUCACCGUUCCAUCGCUCUCUCAGAUGCCCUGGUCUCGAGGGGGAGCAGGGACGACGCUCCAGGGUUCCCCCAGAAGCGAGACCAAGAGAUGGGCUGGCAAUAAAUCACCCAAAUUCCAGAUCCUUCCCGGCAUUCCCAAAUCCAGACUCCCCUCCUCCGAGUCAGAACAUCAUUACCAAGUACAGAGCAAUGGAUGGCUCUUUUUAAAUGAUUGGUUGUAGAUCUCUGCGAGGAUACAACUCAGCUGCCUUUUCUCGUGGAGAGUGGCGUGAGUAUCAUUAUCUCCUCCCAGACGACCGCCACAGUGUGGGGAAUCCCUGAUAAAGCCUUUAUGUAAAAAAUAACCCCUUGGGCUCUCUGGAGAUUUUAUUCCUUGAACCCCAGUUUUCAUUCCGUUUAGAGAUACGUGAGUCCUCAGCUGACAGGAUGCCAGUUAUGAGGGGAAAAGACAGAGCUGAUUCCUGCCCUCCCGGUUCUCAGAGAAGUGAUGGGAGAAAAAGCGACCCAAAAGACCCGGAAAACCACCCCAGUGAGGUGGAUGGAACACCCUGAAAAGCAAAGUGCACCUCAGUCACAGGGCAGGGCACAGUGGAGUGUUGGUGGGGAGGAUGGUCAGGGAACAGCUUGAGGUGCAGGUUGGGGAAGGGGUGUGACACGUGGUAGGACAUGUCUGUGUUCCAGUUUAGCUCUGCUCCUCCCUGGGUUUGCCAUCUAAAAAGAUUAUUCACCCGUUGGAGACUCAGGUUUUUAGUAAAUAGAAAAUAAAAGGGCUUGCAAGAUAAGCACGUAUUUCCAAAGGGUCAAGAAAGAUGCGUUUCAGGGAAUUACAAUGUUCCAGCCUUAUAUUUCAUUUGUUAAAAAUCCUGGUUUACCUUGCUUCUUCCCCAGAGGGUGUGCAGUUAAGUUUCUCAAGUCUUUUCUUUUCCAUGAUAACAAGUGGACUUCCAGGGCUUAGCUUGAGAAAAUGCCAUUGGGGAAAAGAAUCUUAGAGAAACCGAGAAAAUCUCCCUUCCAGUAUGACUGCAGAAAAAGGAAUACCUUUCUACAGAGAAAAUGUGGUAGAGUAGAUGAGUUGUUGAAUUGCAACGAUUCACCAAAACAUCUUAUUCGACUUUAUAGGGUGGAGAGUUUGGAUAAUUCUGUGUCCUAUGAUCUGGCCGUCAGAGGUUAAUGCAAAAUCCUAUGAGAUAAAAUUUGUAAUACCUGUUGUUGUUAGGUGCUGUGGAGUUGGUUCUGACUUAGCAAACCUGUGUGCAAUAGAACAAAACACUACCCAGUCCCGCACUGGUCCUGUAGUCCUCACGGUCAUUGUUAUGCUGGAACCCAUUGUUGCAGCCACCGUGUCAAUCCUUCUUGUUGAGGAUCUUCCUCUUUUUCACUGAAAGUCUACUUUAUUAAGCAUAAUGUCUUUCUUCAGGGACUGGUCCUUCCUGAUAACAUUGAAAAAAAUUGUAACACCUGGAAAUGUUGAAAUAGGAUUGUUUACAAAAUAUUUUGUAUCAUGGCAAUAAUGAUUAACUGAAAGAGAAUUUGUGUGUUUUCUUAUUGGGCAGUAAAAGUUUUAUUUCUUCUUUUAUGCAGAAACAUUGGGUUUGAGUGAUUUUGUUGGAAUCUUCAAACACUAGGUCUGUCUUAUUUAAAAUAUCAGUGGUGGUCCAAGGCAAGUGAAUAACCUUGACUGGGGUGCAGAGCACUGAAGUCAGUGACCCCAGGAGAAGCCAACCUUGAGCCUGCGAAGGAGGUGAAUGAGGUUGGUUCUCCCCAGGGAGCCUGCUGCCAUCUGCAGGUGGCCACGCACACCCACCUCGGAAGGAGUCUUUGUGCUUAGAGAAGCUCCAGAGCCUUGGAAAGCUGGAGAGCCUCCGGCAGACGCCCUUGGGGACGAUGCCCCUUCAGAGGUUGUCAUUGCCAUUGUCUUGAGGCUGUUUCUAAGCAGUAGGUGUGAUGUCUGCAUCCACAGAGUUGGUGCAGCGAGCAUGUAAUUUGUACGUGUUGAGAAGGUCUGUGGGGGCAGAGGUAGGGAGGACUCGUUUGCAUUCUGUCUCCUGGAGAAAUGCUGUAUGACUGAGAUUUCAGAUGUGCUUCCACAUCCUAUGCUGACUCAGGGAGAGUGCCCUCAUUGGUAAGAAUUGAAGCCGUGGAGGGGAAAGAAGGGGGUGUGGAGGCCUCAGAGUUCAUUCUUGUGGCUGCUCAGGUCCCCCACCCUCCAUCACAGGGACUCACCUGUUUUCGUGGCAGUAAGAUGUGGGUUUUCUGGUGAGCGGUGGCUGAAGCAGGAUGAUUAUCUGGGUUGCUUCUCGUGUUUGCUUUUCUUCCCUCUGAAUUCCUUUCUCAAAUAUUGCUGACAUAGAAGUUGUUACCCAAGCAUGUUGUAAUCUUUUAUGCAGAAACAUUGGGUUUGAGUGAUUUGCUCAACGUGUAAGAUUUUUAUUUUGGGAGAAAAUCUAAGUGGGUUGAGAGAGGUGAUGUAGUAAAAGAAUUCUGGAUCCACAGAGAAUUUUUGUUGAUGAGAGUAUUUAUGUUUCCAGAUACGCUUUUCAUUUUGCAGAUCAGCUUUUGUAUGUCUGCCUGCCUUUUGAAAAAUUUGGAAUUUAAAAGGCUAUAUUAUUCCUAAGGUAAUUGAAUUCCUAUUUCAGUUAUUGUGAGGGAAACUAAUAAAAGCUUAGUUAAUUCUUAAAAAUCCUAAGAUAUUUGUCAGGUCAGACUAAAACUUCUAUUAUAGUAAACAAACUACUCAUUCCUGAAAAUACUCUCCAGUUUGAGGUAGAGUGGAAGUACAAACUCUGAUGCCACUUGUCAUUUUCUUUACGAACAGUUUUGAAAAUUUCAUUUUUGGUGGUUUGCGCUUUUAUAAAUGUUAGAGUUUAGAGGAUUAGAUUUAAGUUUCCUACAUAGAAAAGCUUCCAAAGAAAAGUAGCUUCCAAUUAAAGUUAAAAAACUAUUAAAAAGUAAAAUAUGGUUUAUAUAAAUUCUUCUGUUUAUCAUUAAUAAAUAAUACAUGCAAAGGUUAAACUCGAUUUGCAUGAAAUUUCCAUCUGAUUCUUGUGGUUCUUUCCACUGAUCUAGUUGUCCAUCCCUCUGCUAACACCAUACUGUCCAGAUUCCUAGUGUUUUAAAAUCCUUGAUAUAUGUUAGACAAGCCCCCACCUUGUUCUUAGGACAUUUCGGUUAUUUUUGGACAUUUGUUCUUCCUAUUAGGCUUGUAGCAGUCGUAUUUGUUAAAUUCUAAAAAAAGUCAGGGCUGGAGAUUAAUGGACUUGUAUAAAGACCCUAGGUUUCUCUUGGGGGAGCUGAUAUCUUGGUGACACUAACUUCUUUCUAAGAAUGUUGUCAUGUUUCCAUUUAUUUCAUUCUCUUUAAUGUUAUCCAAUAAUUUUUAACAAAAUAGACUAUUUUUCAGACCAGUGUUUGGUUUACAGAGGAAUUGUGCAGAAAGCAUAGAGUUUCCAUGUGUCUCCUCUCCUCUCCUGCACGCUGUUUCUCCUGUUAUUAACGUCUUGUAUUCCACUCCGUUCCUGUGGUACAUAUGUUACAACUGAUGAACCAUUAUGAACAUAUUGUUUUUAACUGAAAUGUAUGCUUUACAUUAGGGUUCACUGUCUGUGUUUUACAGUGUAUGAAUUUUGACCAAUGCUUAAUGUCACGUGUUCACCAUUGCAGUAUUGUACAGAACAGCUUCAUUGCCCUGAAAUUCCUUUGUGCUCCACCUACUCAUCCCUCCUCCCUCAAUCCCUAGCAACCACUGAUCCUUUUACUGUCUCCAUCCCAUUGCUGUCGAGUUGAUUCUGACUCUAGCGACCCUGUAGUUCUGCCUUUUCCAGAAUGUCAUUGAGUUAGAAUGUUAGAGCAUGUAGUUUUUUCAGACUAGCUUCCUUCACUUAGCAAUAUGCAUUUAAGCUUCCUCCAAAUGUUUUGGCGGCUUGAUAGCUCAUUUCUUUUUAUUGCUGAGUAAUACUCCAUUUUAUGGAUGUACUACAGUUUGUUUAUCCAUAUACCUAUCCGACUCCUAGGUUGUUUCCAAUUUUUGGCAAUUAUGAAGAAAGGAGCUUAUAAACAUUUGUCUGUGCAAGCUUUCUUUUUAUGUUUCCAUAAAAUUAUUGUGGUAAAAUACACACUUAACAGAAAAUUUGUGAUUUUAGUCAUUGUUAAGUGUACAGCUUAGCAGGUGCAAUUUUUUGAGCCCCUCCCUCUGGAGUCAGAUGGGUUGCAGUAAAUUCCUCCAGCACAGAGUUAAUGACAACACAUGAAAUGUCUAUCCGGGAGGCUUAUUAUAAACUCAGUUCUCAGUUUUUUUAUUGGCAGAUGAUCACGUAAGCACCCUCUGUUUAGCACGUACAAAAAUUCCAGACUCCCAGAAGGAAAGCAGUGGUCCAACAUAAACCGUAUUGUUUGCGCGAACAGUUUAGGCACAAUGAGCAACUCUUAACAAGAACAGUAGCUGGAACCUUCCUGAAAUCCCAAGUGCUCACACACCAGCCAGGAGCCAGCCUUGCCAGCCGACCUUCGUAAUGAUGAGGAAUCUCACGCCUAUGGUAACUUUUGUGCACACUAGGUAACGGAGCUUUUUAAAAUGAUAAAUCGCUAUAUAUGGUUGUACCUGGAGCAAUUAAGACUGACCGGGGGAGCUCAUUUCACUACGUACCAUCAAUACAGGUAUUCCUAUCCUGCUGCUGCUCUGCUGAAUAGGUAAACUCUAGCAUCAUCGUUGAGUCAAGGUCCAGAGUUGCCAAGAAAGACUUCAACGCAGACAUCGGAUGAAACGACACUUUGAUCACCUGGUGAAGAGACAGAGCAUGGAGACCGUGAUAUUUGAGGAUGUGGCUGUGGACUUCACUCUAGAGGAGUGGGCUUUGCUGGAUCCUGCACAGAAGAAACUCUACAGAGAUGUGAUGCUUGAAACCUUCAGGAACUUAGCAUCAGUAGAUGAUGAGACUCCAUGUAAGACUAGUGGGUCAGUUUCUCAACAGGAUAUUUCUGGGGAAAAAAAAUUCAACGAACAUAGGAUAACAAAGUUCACAAGAAAUGAUUCUUGGGCCUCUAUUUUAAGAAAAAUUUCGGAAGACCUUACCAUUGAAGAUCAGCACGAUAACCAUGGGAGGAAUGUGAGAAAUCAUAUGUUUGAGAGACUCUGUGAAAGUACUGAACGUAAUCAGUGUGGAGAAAUCUGUCAGAUUCCAAAUCUUACUUUGUAUGAGAAAAUGCCUACAAGAGUCAAGACAUAUGAAAGCAGUGAGUGUGGAAAAGUGUUCAUGCAUCAUUCCUCCCUUAAGAUGCAUAUUGCAGAUCACACUGGACACAAACCAUAUCAAUGUCAGGAAUGUGGGAAGGCCUUUAGUUGUCCGUCAUACCUAAGAACACAUAUGAGAAGUCACAGUGGAGAAAGACCUUAUGCAUGUAAAUUAUGUGGGAAAGCUUUCAGUUAUCUCCAUUCCUUUCGAAGGCAUGAAAGGACCCAUAGUAAAGAGAAGCCCUAUGAAUGUAAGGAAUGUGGGAAAGCCUUUAAGUGGCCUUUAUCCUUACAAACACAUAUGAGUACACACACUGGAGAGAAACCUUACGAAUGUAAGCAAUGUGGGAAAACCUUCAAGUGGCCCUUAUCUUUACGAACACACAUGAGCACACACACUGGAGAGAAACCCUAUGAAUGUAAGCAAUGCGGGAAAGCUUUCAUUUGGCCCACUUCGUUAUGUACACAUAGAAGAACACAGUGUGGAGAGAAACCCUAUGAAUGUGAGCAGUGUGGAAAAACCUUCAGUUGGGCCAUAUCCUUCCAAAGGCAUGUGAGAGUGCACACUGGAGAGACACCCUAUGAAUGCAGUCAAUGUGGAAAAACCUUCAAAUGGCCCAUAUCCUUACGAACACAUAUGACUACACACACUGGAGAGAAACCCUAUGAAUGUAAACAAUGCGGGAAAGCCUUCAGUCAAAUCUCACACCUUCGAGAACAUGUAAGAAUGCAUACUGGAGAGAAACACUAUGAAUGUAAGGAAUGUGGGAAAGCCUUCAAGUGGUCUUCAUCGUUACUAAAACAUAUGAGAAUGCACAGUGGAGAGAAACCAUAUGAAUGUGAACAAUGCGGGAAAACCUUCAAAUGGCCAUUAUCCUUACGAACACAUAUGAGUACACACACUGGAGAGAAACCCUAUGAAUGUAAGCAAUGUGGGAAAGCUUUCAUUUGGCCCACAUCAUUACAUACACAUAGGAGAACACAGUGUGGAGAGAAACCCUACAAAAUAAUUGUUCUAUAAGUAAGCAGUUACUAGAACAAUGAUACUUUAGUAUUUGUUGGGAUUUUCUUACUGGCAUCAUGUGUUAGAUAUUGGCUUUCAGUUUCCUGUUAUAUUUAUUUUACUUUUUUUAGUGAGAUAAUCUACAUUUUC